AUGGAAGAUAAACUAGCCAUAGAUGACUGGUCCUUGGCGGCCACCAACCAAAUAGUACUAAUCCUCACCAUUUUCUUCAUAUCGGUAAUCCUCCUUCUGAAAAGGUCAACAAGGUCGUCCUCGCAGUCGUCAAAACAACUCCCAGGGCCAUGGACGCUGCCCAUCAUCGGGAAUCUGCACCAGAUGGUCGGCCCGUCUCUCCCCCACCGCCGGCUGACGGACCUGGCCAAGAAAUAUGGGCCUCUGAUGCGACUCGAGCUGGGCCAAGUUUCCUGCGUCGUGGUGUCCUCCCCAGAAUGGGCCAAAAAGUUUACGCAGACCCACGACGCCAACUUCGCCAGCAGACCACAGCUACCAGCUGCCAGCAUCGUGCUGUACGGCGGCCGAGACAUUGGAUUCGCGCCUUACGGCGAGUACUGGAAGAAGAUGAGAAGGAUCUGUGCUACGGAGUUGCUGGGCCCCAAACGUGUCAAGUCUUUCCGGCCCAUUGGGGAAGAAGAGGUCAGUAAGCUGGUGAGAUCUAUCAUCAUUAAAUCCUCCGACGACCACUACCGUGGUACCGGCCGCCAAGCUGUGAAUGUGACUCAAAUGCUGAUUUCCCUGGGGAACUCCAUCACUGUACGAGCAGCCUUUGGGAGGACUAGUGAUCAGAAAAAGGUCAAAGCUUUCUUACCAUUUAUGGAACAGAUCAUUAAGAAGCUGGGAGGGUUCACCCUUGUGGACGUGUUCCCUUCCAGCAAGCUACUGCGUUUCAUCACAGGAUUCGACGCCAAACUGAACAAGCUUCACGAAGCAGCGGAUGCCAUCAUGGAAGCUAUAAUCACCGACCACUUAGCCAGAAGAUCUUCAGCAGAACAUGACGAUGAAGAUCUGGUCGAUGCUCUCUUGAAUCUCAAGGAGAACAACGACCUCGGGUUCACUUACACCAACCUUGAGAUUAAAGCUGUCAUCCUGGACAUAUUCCUUGCGGGAACUGACACGUGGAGUGUUACCGUAGAAUGGGCAAUGUCUGAACUGAUGAAGAACCCGAGUAUGAUGGAAAAGGCACAAAAAGAGGUGAGACGAGCGUUUGACGGAAAAGGAAAAGUGACGGAUGAAGCAUCGCUCGCUGAACUACACUAUCUACAACUAGUUGUAAAAGAGACUUUGAGAUUGCACCCCGCUGGUCCUUUAGCCGUUCCAAGAGAAAGUCGAGAGACAAUGGUGAUUGAUGGAUAUGAAAUACCGGCUAAGACAAGAAUCAUCAUCAACGUAGGAGCCAUAUGUCAAGAUCCCAGGCAUUGGAAUGAACCUGAAACCUUUGACCCGGAGAGGUUCCUCAACACUUCCAUAGACUACAAGGGACUAGAUUUUCACUUUAUCCCAUUUGGAGCGGGUCGAAGGAUGUGUCCGGGCAUGCACUACGGGAUAGCUCACGUUAAUCUAGUGCUGGCUAAUUUACUCUAUCAUUUUGAUUGGAAGCUCCCGAGCGACAUCACACCUCAGAAUUUUGAUAUGUCCGAAAAAUUUGGAUUGGAAGUCAGAAGAAAAAACAAUCUAUUCCUCAUUCCCAUUCCAUACUGCCUUAAUUAG